GACUAGUUAAGCAAAGUAUUUCACAAUAAUUAAUCGCAUUAAUCAUCACUACAUUGAUAUUUACCACCUAUUUACCACCUAUAUAAAUAAACCCUCAAGUAAUCCAAUAAAUUAUUACAUAUCUUUCCGGCUGUAUAAAAACAAAGAACGAAUAUUAUUAAAUCAAUAGCAUCCCCGGUGUCCCCAAUCUUCGACCCUCGCACUACCUCGCACCCCUGCGUUGUAUUACGCAGUUGAAUUCUGUUUGGAAGUGGUCUGAUCUAAGUCUAACCUCAAUGUUCACAAAACACAAAUAAAGACAAAAAUCUCCAAUCUAUUUAAUCUUGAAACAUACAACAUGAGCAAAGCAAUGGAAGAUCAACCAGGACUGGAUGUUGUCCAUAAAUACUACAAUGGAGGUCCAGUCAGCUUGGAUCUAAUUGAGAAGAAUCUGUACUUGGGCAACUUGACAGCAGCUACCGACAUUUCCACAUUGACCAAAUACAAAAUCACACACAUUUUAACAAUUGACACCUGCCCAUUGCCAAGAAAGAUCCUAGAGUUAAAACACAUCACCACCAAAUACAUUCAGCUAUCAGAUCUUCCCAAAGAAGACCUCCUGAGUCACUUCGAUGAUACCUAUCAGUUUAUAUCAAAUGGAGUCAGCAAAGGUACUGUUUUUGUGCAUUGCUAUUUUGGUGUCUCUCGGAGUGCCACUGUGAUCAUUGCAUAUUUGAUGAAGAAGUAUGGAUUGACCUACAUUGAGGCCUUUGAUAUGGCCAAGAAGCAAAGAUCCUUGGUUUAUCCUAAUCAGGGAUUUGUUUCACAACUGGUGCUGUACAGAGAGAUGGGAUUCAAAGUGGAUCCCAAGCAUAUGAAGUACAAAAUAUUCCGGCUUGGCAUGGCCGCUGAUAAAGUAAAGAAGUGCCGGAUUUUACCACAAGAUUACUUUGAUUUAGUCAAGGCCGAUCCAGGUCUCACACAAACGCAGCCGGAGCCAAAUGUGUAUCGAUGCAGGAAGUGCAGACGCGUCUUAGCUGGCGAGACGAAUUUAAUCACGCAUUUGGAUAAGACAAUGGAGAAUGCUGUUUGUACAAAGACAUACUUCUUGGAGCCGUUGUCGUGGAUGGGUGGGAUCACACAGAGCACUCAGGGGAAAUUACACUGUCCUAAGUGUAAUAAUAAAGUCGGGUCCUUUUCGUGGAUCAUGGGAUGUCAGUGCCCAUGUGGUUGUCAAGUGGCUCCAGCGUUUUAUUUAUGUCCGUCGAAAGUCGACUGGACAAAUGUUGUUAAAAAUGUUGAAUGCACAAUCUAGGUGCAAUGUUGUAAAAUGUAAAUUAUUGAGAUAUGUAUUAUUCAGUGUAUUGCCCUGAGCUUCCAAAGAUAUUUAUUAAACAUUCCAAUAAAGUCAGUUCAAAACAAAGAAAA